GCUACUUUGGCUAGAUCGACCACCUAAUCCAUGAACCCUUAAUUCCGUCUCUCUCCAACUUUUCCCUUCCUUCUCCGACACACUCACUCUUUAGAUUCGUUCCGGAAAGAAAAGAAAUACUGUCUGGUCUCCCCAUACCCUCACCAGACAAACCCACACUCCCCAACUCAAUCAACAACCCACCUUUCUUCCUCCCGUCGUCACCCUGGAGGCCGCCUCAGCACGCAUGGCAGCGAGGGACCGCUACGGUGGUGUCUUUGCUGACCUAGGCUUCACCCCCUUACAGCGGGCAAUCCGCAAUGCUUGCGAUCUCUCCCACUACGAGCCUAAUCUUGCGCUAAACCUUGAAGUCGCCGACUUGAUCAAUUCCAAAAAGGGCAAUGCUCCCCGCGAAGCUGCCUUCGAGAUCGUCCGUCUGAUCAAUUCCCGCAAUCAAAAUGUUGCUCUGUUAGCGUUGGCGCUCCUCGAUAUCUGCGUCAAGAACUGCGGUUACCCGUUCCAGCUCCAGAUCAGCACCAAAGAAUUCCUCAAUGAGCUCGUCCGCCGCUUUCCCGAGCGGCCCGGAUUGCGGCCCUCGCGCGUCCAACACCGCAUCCUCGAGUCCAUCGAAGAAUGGCGCCAGACUAUCUGCCAGACGUCACGGUACAAGGAGGAUCUCGGACAUAUUCGUGAUAUGCACCGGCUACUGCUUUACAAGGGCUAUGUGUUUCCGGAGAUCCGCACGGAGGAUGCUGCUGUUUUGAACCCGAGUGAUAAUUUGCGAUCGGCCGAGGAGAUGGAGGAGGAGGAGCGCGAGGCGCAGUCGGCUAAGCUGCAGGAACUUAUCCGGAGGGGUACCCCUGCCGACCUGCAGGAGGCUAAUAGGCUCAUGAAGAUCAUGGCUGGGUACGACAAUCGGCACAAGACUGACUAUCGGGCCAAGGCGGCGGAGGAGGUCGCCAAGGUGCAGCAGAAGGCUAAGAUUCUGGAGGAGAUGCUGCAAAGUCAGCAGCCUGGUGAGACGGUAGCCGAGGGGGAUGUAUUCGAGGAACUCGCCAAUGCGCUGCGGAGCGCACACCCCAAAAUCCAAAGAAUGUGCGAAGAAGAGAGCGAUGAUCCGGAGGCAGUCCACAAGUUGCUGGAAAUCAACGACAGCAUACACCGCACGAUUGAACGAUACAAACUGACCAAGAAGGGUGAUCUGGAGGCGGCCUCGCGCAUCCCCAAGGGAACGCUAGGCACGACGACGGGCGUGUCGACCAACGCCAACAACGAACUCUCCCUGAUCGACUUCGAUCCAGAGCCGCCCAGUUCCAACGGCAACGCCCCAGCAGCGCCGACGGGCGCCACCUCCUUAGAAAACGACCUUCUUGGACUCUCGCUGGAUGAGCCCGCCCCUGGCGGGAUCUCCUUAGGACCUGCGAAUCCCGCCGGCCCAUCGGCGGCCUCUUCAGGGCCAGAGCCUUCCCCCGGGGGGUCUAGACCCAACUACGACAUCCUGUCGUCGCUCAAUUCGUCGCCUGUGCCAUCCCAGUCCUCGACACCAGUCGCCCGAGUCCAGCAGCAGCAACAGCAGCAGACCACAGCAACGCCCCCGCCCGUCGAUCCGUUCGCCUCAUUGGUGUCAGCCAGCCCUCGCAAUGCCAGUCCCUUCCAGGGUGCAAAGACGGCCGCUCCCGCCGCGCCGGAGGAGGACGAAUGGGAUUUUACGUCGUCGCUGCCGGAAAGCAACGCUUUACCGAGUACCAAUCGAGUGACGGUGCUUGCCUCGGCGUUGCGAAUUGAGUUCGUGGCGCGACGGUCCCCGCAGCAGCCCCGACAGAUCCAGGUCGUUGCUCUGUUCUCCAAUGCGAUCAACGAGCCGAUGCGCGAGUUGCAUUUCCAAGUUGCUGUUGAAAAGGCCUACACUCUCCAUCUACGCCCUCAAACCGGCCGCGACAUGGCGCCACAACAGGCCAAUGGCGUGCAGCAAGAGAUGAUGAUGGACGGGGUGGACGUUGGCAAGGGGAAUUCGCUGCGAAUGCGGUUCCGCGUGUCGUACCAGGUGGGCAGUAAACGGAUGGAGGAGCAGGGGAUGGUGCCUCCUUUGGGGAUUGCGUAAAUAGUGGGUUGAUCAUUUGCUGGAGGUGAACUGAACUGGAGGAUGGGAAUGUGAUGAGGGGGGAAUGUGUGGAUGUCUGUGGAUACCUGUUUUGAUUUGAUGCUAUGUUGAGCGACAGAACGAGUACAUUUCAUUGAGCUUGCAUUCUAC